UUCCCAGCUUUACCCACUUCCGUCAUCUCAUACUCGGCACCUACACUCAAAAGAGCACAGGGAGAAGAUGUCCCACUUCUCCGAUCAAUCUAGAGGAAAUUACCGCAACUACUACCUCCGACGUCGAGCGGGUCAUACAGACCUGGCACCGGAUCGAGACGAACGUCUAGACUUGCUGCUCAAGGACGAUCAUGCGAAAGAUCUCUUCCAGGGAAAGGUUGUGCUGGAUGUAGGAUGUAACAGCGGAGCGGUAUCUCAAGAGAUCGCUCAGCUGCAUCAAGCUAAACAGGUGAUAGGCGUAGACAUUGACGUGGACCUGAUCCAGCAGUGCGGACGAACGGUACAACAAGCCUUUUCACUCCAAAAACCUUCGAUAUCCCAGGCCGAGUUUCCAGCUGAGAGAUCUAGGAAGAAGAGGAAGUUGCUGAACGGGGAUCGAGCGGGACAGGCAGAAGAGCCGAUUUCGGAAGGACAGCUGCAUUACUUUCCGGCUUGCUUUCCUGCACUAUACGGCAGUCUCCCGAUAGCUGGAACAUCACAGGCAGCUAUCUCAGAAGUUCACGGUGCUGCUCAGGAGGCGGAAGGGGGGCGGAAACGUUCCAAAGGUUCGGAAAACAGCUCGGAAGCUCCCGCCCAGAAAUUUCCUCGUAAUCUGGUGUUUUACGCUGCGAAUUGGGCUGAAGAAGAAAUCGAGACGGACGCAAACCGCUACGACGUAGUCCUUGCAUUAUCGCUGACCAAGUGGAUACACCUUCACGGACUGGAUGAGGGCUUGAUCAAGUUUUUCCAGAAAUGCUUCGACUGUAUCGAACCGGGAGGGAAGCUCGUCCUCGAGAAACAAGGAUGGAGAGGCUACAAGGAUGCCAAGAGAUCCACCCAGACCCUGAAAGAUAACUACUUCAAGCUGAAACUACGACCAGAGGAAGAUUUCGAGAGAAUCCUGUUGAAUGAAAUCGGGUUCGCACGACGGGAAGCGGUCAAGAAUGGCUCGAGUAGUGGAUUCGACCGGAGUCUCGAGAUAUACUACAAAGCAUAGCAAAUGAAGCGAUUUGUAUUCACCCUGAGGGGCGAUGAAUCUGCUGCCCAUGCAAACCCGAUAUCCAGGAUGCGUCGUCGACCCGAAGGCCGGGACCGGAUCUGGCCCCAACCGGGGUUGCGGAAGCUAUAUGACGUGAUCGUCCUAUGGUCCA